AUGGCCAACAUCACAGACAAAUGGGUUGGAUACCUCCGUAACCGAGAUCGCCAGGGCAAGGAGGGGGAAUCGACCAACUUGACGACAUGCCCGGAGUGCAACGUCGAAAUUGGGAGCAUCGAGUCCUGGCGAGAGCACGUCGAAUCAAAUCCCCAACACCAGCAGAAAUGGCCUACCGAGGAGGAGGUAAAUUCUGCAUAUAGAAACCUAUACGUUCAGGCAUCGACCAAGCUCGAUACCUCGAGAAAUAACCGCAAGCGACAGGCCGGAGAGAACCCCGCGUCCAACAAUGUUGCCGAGCCUGAUGGUGACACGCGCGAGACUAAGCGCCGGUCUCCACCACCAACCAACCCUCCGACACCAUCAAGUCCUUCAAACAACCGGAGCAGAGCGCGCAAUGACGCUCGCAACGACCAGGCAAGACCUCACAAGAAUACCUCUGGGCGGCAACUCUGGACGGAGCAAGAUGGCAUACCUUCCAAGGCCCCUCAUCAGACUCGAGCUGUGCCCAUCCCCUCACAAAGACCAACACCUUCGAACCAGAACAGCAACAACAACCCCAUCACGGCACCACACAGUCCACCUCAGCCUGGGACAGAGGAUGACAAUACAUCAGUAAUGAUCCCCCAGCCAGAGACAAGGCCCAUUUCGCAAGAUCAGCUAGUUGCGGAAGUAAAGGGUAUAUACGCGGGCCUUGUUAUGGUCGAAACAAAAUGCAUAGAGGUCGAUAACGCACAAUCCUCUAAUGCCGAAUCCAAUCCCAAGCUUAAUAACGACCAGUGGCAAGCCCUGAUCGCUCUGCACAGAACGCUGUUGCAUGAGCACCAUGACUUCUUCCUUGCUAGUCAACAUCCCUCUGCUAGCCCUGCGCUUCGACGGCUAGCAUCUAAAUACGCUAUGCCUGCCCGCAUGUGGCGGCACGGCAUCCAUUCGUUUCUUGAACUUCUGAGACACAGACUUCCUGCGUCUUUGGAACACAUGCUUACGUUUUUGUAUCUGGCAUACAGCAUCGUUGCUCUCCUAUACGAGACUGUCCCUGCCUUUGAGGAUACAUGGAUCGAAUGCUUGGGAGAUUUGGGUCGAUAUAGAAUGGCCAUCGAGGACGACUGCAUCCGGGACCGCGAGACCUGGACUGGCGUCAGUCGCCAUUGGUACAGCAAGGCUUCUGACAAGUCUCCUACAACCGGUCGAUUGUACCAUCAUCUUGCUAUUCUUGCAAGGCCCAACGCCUUACAACAGCUUUCAUACUACACAAAGUCACUCUGUGUUUUGAUCCCCUUUCCCAGCGCCCGGGAGAGCAUCAUGACACUGUUUGACCCAGUAUUGAGCAAGAGCCCCAACCGCCUGGCGCCAAUCGACGCAGCAUUUGUGAGGGCUCAUGGCAUUCUCUUUUCCGGGAAGUCCAAGGAUAGGCUUCAAGAGUCGAUGGACGAAUUCAUUGGGCAGCUCGACAGCUAUAUUGGACGCGUAACAAAGAGGUGGCUGGACGCAGGAUAUUAUAUUGGCAUUUCUACUGGCUGCUCUCUUCUGGGCUAUGGCGCCGAAUCCAAUUUGCUUAUGCGGGCCAUGUCACAGAAGCCAGAAGAGACAGACGUUGCCAUGGACGGAAGCUCAAUCGUAGAGGCCAAUCCAGAUGAGAACUUCAAGCAGGCUCUUGACUUUGCGGUACGCAUCACCGAGACGGUAAUGCGGCGAUGGGGAGAUACCAACACGCUACCAUUCAUUCACACCAUGCUGGUAUUCAUGCACCACAUGACGCGAUUCCCAGGGGCCAUUUCCCAUAUUGAAGCAGCAUUCCCAUGGAAGCUGACUGCCCUGAUGCUCAAUUCUCAACUGGUAUCAUUAGAGGCCAACUAUGAAGUGCACUCUGAUUUCCGCCUGCCAGAGAAGGGCCAGCUUCCCCGCCCUUUGCCCGAAGAUUUUGCCAUGCGCGGGCUCAUCUACUCAGAAGACUACUUCCCUCAUGAAUGGUUCAAGAACGACAAAAUCGAUGAGGAUGAGAAGUAUUUUGAGCUGGGGUCGAUGGUGGAGGAGCGAAAGGACCGGAUCCUGACUCUGGGGUGCAAGAUUGCGACUUCAGGGUCUUGGCUCAUCUGGAACCCAGAGACACGCCAAUUCUCAGUGCCGGCCAAGUAUGAUGUGGAGCUGGAGGAUGUCCCCGUCUGA